UCUACAUCGCUGGAUGACAUGAUUGACCUUGGGAUUACUGACAUAGUAAAGCUUCAGGUGAUCUUGUUUGCAUUUUUCUUUAUGCUUUACAUUAUAAACCUUAUAGGAAACCUUUCUAUCAUGGUUGUAACCAUUCACGAUCCAAGCCUGCAUACUCCUAUGUACUAUUUUUUGUGGAAUUUGUCAUUACUUGACAUUUGUUAUUCCUCUGUGACCGUUCCCAAGAUGCUGGCUGAUUUCUUUUCCUGUUAUAAGGUCAUCUCUUUUGCUGGCUGUAUCUCUCAGAUCCAUUUCUUCCAUUUCCUUGGUAGCACAGAAGUUAUGCUACUCACAGCAAUGUCUUACGACCGCUAUGUGGCCAUAGGAAAUCCUUUGCGUUAUUCCAAUAUUAUGAAUAGUAAACUUUCUCGACAUUUGGCGUUAGGUUCUUGGAUGACAGGAUAUUUCCACUCUCUCCUACACACCGUGAUCACUGCAAAGCUACCAUUUUGUGGGCCAAACCUGGUGAAUCAUUUCUUCUGUGACAUUAAACCUGUGUUGAAGUUGGCGUCCGCCGACACAUCUCUUAACCUAAAGCUUCUCACAAGGGUCACUGGAACACUGGCCACAACCACUCUGCUAUUAACUCUUCUCUCCUAUCUCUUUAUUAGCAAAUUCCUCCUUAAAAUACAGACAGCAGAAGGUCGAAAACGUGCAUUCUCCACCUGCAGUGCUCAUCUUACUGUUGUAUUUCUCUUGUAUGGAACAGCAAUAUUUACAUAUUUACGACCUUCCACACAAGAUUCUUUGGAACAAGAUCGAGCUGCUGCUGUUCUCUUUACUGUGAUAACCCCAGCACUAAACCCAAUCAUAUACACCCUAAGAAACAAAGACAUGAAGAAAGCCAUGAAAAAAAUUGUAAAUAUUUCACACUUCUAA